AUGGGAGUUGGAAACAAGCGCACACUCACAAAAACAAGGCGCAAGACGCGCGACGUGGAUCAGAUCAUCUCUGACCUUCGGUCACAGAAGCACCUUGCCCAAUACAAGGAUACCAAAUUGACACAAGAUCUGCCAGGACUUGGGAAAAACUACUGCGUGACUUGUUCGAGGUGGUUCGACACUCCCAUAACCCUAGCCACUCACGAGCGAGGGAAGCCACACAAGCGAAGGUACGCCUGUCUGCCUGUGGAUGAUUUCUACUGGCUUUCGUUAAUUUAG